UCAGCGGACACGCACACCUCAGUACAACACAGAGUGAAAAAACAGAAAUCAGCCAAAAUGUGUUGUUCCGGCUUUCUCAAAAUUAUGAUGUUCAUCUUCAAUGGCGGCAUCUUUUUAGCAGGUGCCGUCAUUCUGGGUGUGGGAAUUUGGGUGCAGGUGGACAGGAGUUCCUUUCUGGAUAUACUGGAUGAGGUGGAAGACACCUCCUCCUUAUCACAACUGGCAAACGUCAGCUACCUGCUCAUCGCCGUGGGUGCUGUACUACUUCUGAUUGGCUUCCUGGGCUGCUGCGGUGCCAUCAGGGAGAGCAAGUGCAUGCUGCUGACGUUCUUCAGUAUUGUUUUGAUUAUCUUCCUCAUCGAGGUUGCAGGAGCCAUUGUGCUCUUUGUCUUCAAAGAUGUGGCUGGUGAGCUUCUUCAGGAACUGGAGAAAAACGUCCAAAAGAGCAUUAAAAACAACUAUGGAAAGGAAAACCAGCUGACUUCUGUCUGGAACAACACGAUGAAAGAGCUUAAAUGCUGUGGAUACAGGAACUACACAGAUUUUACAGACUCGCCUUUUAACAUUAACGGUGGUCUCUAUCCAGCCCCAUGCUGUAAUUCAACCAUCAGUGCUGAGAAAUGCAAUGAAAAUAAAGCGCAACAUUCGAACAUCGAUGGCUGCUUUGACAAACUGCUGCAGCUGAUAGAGGACAACGCUCUGGUCAUUGCAGGUGUGGCAAUGGGGAUCGCUGCUCUCGAGAUCGCUGCCAUGGUGGUUUCAAUGGUUCUCUACUGCAAGGCUGGAAAAGAUCGAUAAUUCAACUUUGGAGAAAUUUUGCUAAGCGGUUUUGUCUGUGGAAAGUUUUCUAGUAUUUGAUUCAAAGCAGAUUUUCAGCUGAACAUUGAAUGCUCUGCCUCUUCUGGUUUUUAAAGCUUUCAUACAAAGAUAGAGGAAAAGCUAGUAACAUCUUUUUACUUUUAAAACGAUGUAUCUGUACACA